CUGAUAGACGGCACUGACUGGCAUCACUUCUGGGCACUGACUGGCGGCACUGACUGGCACAACCCCUGGGCACUGACUGGUGGCACUGACUGGCAGCACUGCUGGGCUGCACUGGUGGGUGGCACUGGUGGGCAGCACUGGUGGUGUGGGCACAUGUGGGUGGGCACUGGUGGGCACAGGUGGGUGGGCACAGGUGGGUGGCACUGCUGGGCACCGAUCAUCAGGGCACUGAUCAUCAGUGCCCUGAUGAUCGGUGCCGAUCCCCGCUCUGACAACUGCCGGUUCUCGGCAGUACUUUCCUCACGAUCUGACAGCGUGAGGAAAGUGCAGCCCGAGAACCGGCACUUGCAU